CCCCCUCCCAGCGGAGUUUCAGGUGAAUGGGUCACGGAGGGAGGAGGAGGCCGGCCACGCCACACCUUGUCGCUCGUGCCCACCUCCCGCCCCCUCCUUCCUCAGGCGACCGCGGUGGAGGUGAAGGAGAGCGGUCCAGGGCACCAAGGAGCAGCCGGCCCGGGGCGCAGCAGGUUUGCUUAUCUUAGGAGCCUGAAGUCUUGCUCCUCAUAAACAUCAGGUGACCAGUGACAUCAGCCAUGUCUGUGAGGCCUUUUGAAAGUCCACCUCCUUACCGACCUGACGAAUUCAAACCCAAUCAUUAUGCACCAAGCAAUGAUGUGUAUGGUGGGGAAAUGCAUGUUCGGCCAAUGCUCUCCCAGCCGGCAUACUCCUUUUACCCAGAAGAUGAAAUUCUUCACUUCUACAAAUGGACAUCACCUCCAGGAGUGAUUCGGAUCCUGUCUAUGCUCAUUAUUGUGAUGUGCAUCGCCAUAUUUGCCUGUGUGGCUUCCACACUUGCUUGGGACAGAGGCUAUGGAACUGGCAUCUUUGGAGGUAGCCUAGGCUACCCUUAUGGAGGAAGUGGCUUUGGUGGCUAUGGAAGUGGCUAUGGCUAUGGUUAUGGCUAUGGUUAUGGCUAUGGAGGGUAUACAGAUCCAAGAGCAGCCAAAGGUUUCCUGUUGGCCAUGGCAGCCUUUUGCUUCAUUGCCUCCUUGGUAAUAUUUGUUACCAGUGUUGUAAGAGCUGGAAUGUCUAGAACAAGAAGAUAUUACUUGAUUGUGAUCAUAGUCAGCGUUAUCCUGGGCAUCAUGGUGUUUAUUGCAACCAUCGUGUAUAUAAUGGGAGUCAACCCAACUGCCCAGGCUUCUGGAUCUAUGUACGGUUCACAAAUAUACGCCCUCUGCAGUCAGUUCUACACUGGAGCUACUGGACUCUACGUGGAUCAGUAUUUGUAUCACUACUGUGUGGUGGAUCCCCAGGAGGCUAUAGCCAUUGUCCUGGGCUUCAUGAUUAUCGUGGCUUUUGCUUUAAUCGUUUUUUUUGCUGUGAAAACCCGAAGGAAGAUGGACCGGUAUGACAAGUCCAAUAUUCUGUGGGAUAAAGAACAUGUGUAUGAUGAGCAGCCCCCCAAUGUGGAAGAGUGGGUUAAAAAUGUGUCUGCAGGCACACAAGACAUGCCUCCACCACCAUCCGACUAUGCGGAGAGAGUUGACAGUCCGAUGGCCUACUCCGUCAACGGCAAAGUGAAUGACAAGCGGUCAUACCCAGAGUCUUUCUAUAAGUCAACACCAUUGGUGCCUGAGGUGGCUCAGGAGCUCCCUCUGACUUCGCCUGUGGAGGACUUCAGACAGCCUCGCUACAGCAGCAGCAGUCACCCAGAGACACCUUCCAAAAGGGCUCCCACCAAGGGAAGAGCGGGAAGGGCGAAGAGAACCGAGCCGGACCACUACGAGACAGACUACACGACAGGCGGCGAAUCCUGCGACGAGCUGGAGGAGGACUGGGUCAGGGAAUAUCCACCUAUCACUUCAGAUCAACAAAGACAACUCUACAAAAGGAAUUUUGACACAGGUCUGCAGGAGUACAAGAGUUUACAGGCUGAACUCGACGAGGUCAAUAAAGAGCUCUCCCGCCUAGACAGAGAACUGGAUGACUACAGAGAAGAAAGUGAAGAGUAUAUGGCUGCCGCGGAUGAAUAUAAUAGACUAAAGCAGGUUAAAGGAUCUGCAGAUUAUAAAAGUAAGAGGAAUUACUGCAAGCAGUUGAAGAGCAAGUUGUCGCACAUCAAGAGGAUGGUUGGGGACUAUGACAGACGGAAAACUUAGGCAGCUGCCCCGCUGCUGGAGAAGUGAGGCACAUCUGUCUGCCCGAUGUCGCUGCAGUUCUCUUCAGAGGCAAAGUGACUUUGGACUCUAGUCUGGGAAGUUAAACUUUGUGAUCAUUACAAAGUUUCCAUAGCUUUAAUUCCGUCAGUUUCACAUCAUCAGUAUUGAAACAUUUUAUAAAUGGCUUUUAUAAUCCACUGGGCUGAACACUCCAGUUGUGAAUUUUACACUUUCAAUGUGGAUUUCUGUAUUAAGAAUGACAUGUUGUUUGAGGUUUUAAAUUUAAAGGCAUGUCCCGGGGUGGACUGUGUUGUGAACUUUCACAUGCCAGACAAUGAUUUUUUAAUACCCAGGUGUGUUCCUCCAGGUAGAGGCCAUCUUAUUAAUCAUCUCAACAGCCCUUCAGGUGACUGUUAUUUAUAAUCCCUUUUCAGGUAAGGAAAUUGGGUCCCUGCCAUGAUAUCUCUGCAGUGAAACUGCUUGCUUCCCAAAGGCAGUUCUGGCUAAGUCUGUUUAUUACUCUGCAAAUAAUAGCAUUCCCACCUUUUGUAUUCCCAUUACUGUGCACAGUACAUUCUAAAGACCACCUUCCCUACUGAUUUUCUUCUUAUAUUGACUUUAACAUAAAUGAUUAGGAUUAUUUUGGCUUCACAUCACUUUUCCUGAUACUUAAGAUCAUGUAAAAUUAACAAAUGUGUAAAGUUUAAAAAUUGUAAAUAUAUAUUUACUUUUGAAAGAUCAUUUUAAAUCCAGGGUUAGAGUUCUGUGUAUUUUUACAGUGCUUUUUAUCUUUGAUAGUUUACAUGCUUUUUGUUGUUGUUGUUGAUCUUUUCACUGUAUCAGAGUAUCCAAUUACAUUUUUAAUGAUGACUUGAAUUGUAUUUCACAGGAAUGUUCAAGUUCUGUAUAUAUUUUGUAAGGUAUUAAACCUGGCGUUCUCUUUCUAAAAUGUGUUCGUUUGAUGUCAUUAGUGCCGUUAUGUUCCGCUGGGAAAAACUACACUCAGGAGUUUCAGUUGUGGGCGCUGUCUUGGGUUCUGUGCAGGUUGGUGAUUCCUAGUCCGUGGGUAGUGAAAAAGCUAAUCUGUCUGGAAAUGGAAUAAUGCUCAUAGAACAGCAGUGUCUGUAAAUCUCAUGAUGUUCUUUAAAAAUUAAAAUUCUUGGUAAUAGCAUAAAAUUAGUUGAUCAUACUGUAUACAUCAAACUGAUUGUGUACAUCCAGCCCAGUUUGGUCUAUUUUUUUUUUUUUCAGAAGAUGUUUUAUAUACCUUCUAGGCAUCGAAGUACAUGUUUUUGUGUAUACAAUUUUGAAUUAUUUUCCGAAGAUAAACUUUUAAAUAAUGUUUUUGUGCAACCCUAGUUCAUUUUUUUUUAAUUGAAGGAAAAUUUUACUUUCUAUGUGCUAAACAUAAUACAAGAAGUAUUUUUGUAGCUUUGAGAUUGACCCUGAGUGAAAGGGCUACAGGGGUACCUUCCCUGGCUCUUAUGGUAACUGUUCUUGGUUCUUGGAAAUCCCUGUACUUUUGUGUGGUUUUGUUUGGGACAGGGUUUCACGAGGUAGCCUUGAACUAACGAUUAGUUCAGGUUGGCUUCAAAUUUUCAAUUCUUCUGCUUCCGCCUCCCAGGUGGUGGGAUUAUGGGCUCUCGUCCAUGCCUGGCUCAUACUUAGGUUAUGAAGCUAACUGGUGUCCUCACAAAGCAAGCCUGUUUUGUUGAAUGAAGAAAAUGAAGCAGGAGGAAUUCUAAAACCGUGCCAUAUAAUUGUAUGUUGGAAUAAAAGAAAUGAUUCUUUUCCAAUGUGGUGCUACACUGUAGGCUUAAAGCCACUACCAGGAUAUGUCUGUUGGUGUUGGUGUUAACUAGCUGGAUCCAACCUAGAGAAUCCCACGUAGGCAGUUUCCUAACAAAUAAUGGGGUUAGGUUGAACUUCAGAGGUCUCUUGUCCAUGCUGACCCAUGUUUCCCAUACCUGCUUUUUGCUGAUAAACUGUUUUGGGGGAUAGUUUGUGAAAGCAUAACCCUUCUUAUAAAAGUUCCCUGCAUAAAGUGA